AACAAUAACAAUAACAAUAACAAUAAUAAUAAUAAUAAUAUGAGCAAUAUGAAUCACUUUAAUAAUGUUAGCAAUACCAAUAACAAUAAUAACAAUAACAGUAACAAUACCAAUAACAAUAACAACAACAAUAAAAACAACAGCAACAAUAAUAAUAACAGAUUUAAUAAUAAAAAUAAUGAAUUAAAUUCAAACAAUAAUUUCAGUUAUUUUGAUAGAGCUGGUAAAUUUGGAAGUGCAAUGCAAAAUACUUCUCAAAUUAAUCCAAUGAACUAUCCUCCACCAACGCCAACACAAAAUAGUUUUAAUAGUAGCAUGAACAACUCACUGAGUAGUUUUAGUAAUAUGAAUCCUAUGGGCAUGAACAUGGGUAUGAAUAUGAUUAAUCCAAAUAACAUGAAUGGCAUGAGUAAUAUAAAUGUAAACAAUAUGAGUAUGAAUAGAAAUUCAAAUAAGUACAAGAAAUCAUCAAAUUUACCUGAUACAGAUAAUAAUUUUAUGAAUUUUGAUAUGAUGUUGUCAAUGGAUAAUGAAAAUGAUAUUGAUAAUAAUAACAAUAGUGAUAAUGCACUAAAUGUUGGUGGAACAACAGAAAAUCCACCAUCAAGUGAAAUGGUAGGAAGUGAAUGGGAUUGGUUAAAAUUAUCAAUAUAAUUAUACAUGGUAAUCCAAAUCAAUUUUUUUUUCUGAAUUCUAAUCACGAAUUGUUAAUUAUUAAAUUAUUUUUAUGUUUUUAUGUUUCAUUUUUUU